UCUGCUGUCAUGCGCUCCAAAGCGAUUAGGCUUGUGGGGAAGCAAAUUAGUGGCGGAAGUGACGUUUCUAGGAAGUGACGCAACAGAGGAAGGCGGAAGUAUAAGAGGCAGACGGCUAAUAGCGUCGCUAUAGAGAAUCUCAAACAGAUCCAUCACCAUGGUGUGCAUCCCAUGUAUCGUUAUUCCUGUCCUCUUAUGGAUUUACAAGAAGUUUUUGGAGCCUAUCGUGUACCCCUUCAUAUCUCCUGUUAUUAACCGCAUCUGGCCAAAGAAAGCUGUUCAGAACACGCCUGCACCGGCUAAGAAAGAGGAAAGCAACGGUACUUGUAAGGCCAGUGACACCAGUAUAACAAAUGGAAUCAUCAGUGAACGGAAAUCAGCGGUUCCUGAUAAGAAAACUGAUUAAUGGAAUUAAGAAAAGAACAUGUGAAGAUGCUUUUCUAUAAAGGAACAGCUGACGGGGAUCACUGCCCAUUGGGGCACACAUAUUAGACUAUGAAUUUGUAUAUAAUGCAUUCCAGAUUGUAGCUUUAAUUUAUUUUAGUAUUCUAUGAGUACAGGGAAACACAAUCCUAGCUAAUUUAAUAAAUACACUCGUUAACUCUUAACAUGCUAUCAGUCACGGUGGAGGGGGGGGGCUUGGGUGACCGUUAACCUUUUGUAUAAUAAUAAUAAUACACAGAAGCUCCUGUUACAGAGUAUAACACAAAAACGCCUUCCCGAUGUUUGUUAAUUAGGACUUUCUCUGAUAUGAAACAUUAUCACUGCACAUUCUCUUUAUUAAGCCAAUAAAGUACAUUGGAAGUUAA